AAUAAAACCAAAUAGCCAGAGUUUUUAACUUCAUCGAGGCGACCUUAUGAGAUCUAAGCCCCGGCUCAGUUAGUAUAAAUUACAAUCACAACACGAUAGGAAGCAAAAGAUGAGCGAGAUUUUCAAAAACUUCUUAGGAAAAUUACUUCAACCGAUAAUGUCUGGUGACGCUUCCGACAAUGUAGAACCGAUCGUAGAGCCGAUAAAGCCGCGCCGCAGCGCCCGUUUGCUGAUCAUGGAGGAGCGGAAGCGACAUGACGAGCAGGAGCUGAAGAAUCGAUUGGAGGAACAAUUUGUCCAAAGUCUGGAUAAUCAAGUGCGCGUGCAAAGGCGGACCAAAUACACCAGACGCUUGACCGCUCGUGUGGAACAGCUAAUGGAGGUGCCAGAACUGGAGCAACCGCACCAGCCGCGCUUCGUGCCGCUACAGCAUCGACCCAAAAAGCGUAAACACAAUCCGAACAACAGCUCACGUUGCGUCUGCACCGAAAUUAAUGGGGAAUACUAUAAGCUUUACGAUCUGCCCGAGGAUGCCGAGUAUAUUGUUCCAAAUGCUGGACGUGGACCUUAAACACGCAUUUAUAUAUAUUUUUAAUAAUUGAAAAA